AUGUCCACCACUUCCUCAUCCACCGCCAAACAGGCGUUCUCCCUCCAGAAGCUUCGCGAUGCCCUUCCCGGCAAGCCAGGCCCCUCCUCGAUGCCCUACGAGAUCUUCCUGAAAAUCUUCGACGCCCUCGUUGCCGAAGCCGAGGAGGACUCUGAGCCCAUCCUUCACUGGACCACCAUCAACCCGGACACGCCGGGCCAUCUCCUCCUCAUGGACCAGAAGGACUACGACAGACCCGGCGCCCCUCAGGAGAAGCGCUUCGCCGUCAUCGGCAACCUCCUUAAGAUCGACUCCAGAUCCCGCCGCCACAUCCAAGCCACCGCCUUCCGCCCCGUCGAGAUGAUGUUCCGGGUCGGAAUGGACGACGCCUUCGUCGCCGUCGGCUGGAUCUGCCCCUCGGUCGACCGCUUCAUGCCCUGGACCGGCGAGAAGUGGAAGAUCCCCACCCUCAAGAAGCUCAUGCUCAACCCGACCCCCGACCUCGUCUACAUCGUCAGCGCCAUGCGCAGCAUCCAGGUCAACGUCACCGAGCUGUUCCGGUACACCUACGUCAAGGACUUCCAGGACAUGCUCAAGCUGGCCAACCUCGACGACAUCGCCAUCCGCGGCGGCCUCAAGAUCACCGCGCCCGCCGUCAAGCCCCAGGACCGCCACAACCACACCGACCUCCUCCCCAUCGACCCCCUCCUCCUCCCCGAGCUGGCGCAGUGGGCGCGCAAGUACGGCAACUCCCUGCUCAAGAAGGUCUGGCCCGAGAUGAAGGAGCGCGGCAUCAGGCUCUUCGUCUCCGAGUCCGACAAGGUCGACAUCGACAUCCUCGAGCUCUUCUACACCCCCGACGGCAUCCGGAUGCGGUUCCUGGACCCCGUCUGCCGGUGCUACAAAUUUCACAUCCCCGACAGCAUGAAGCCUGGUGGCGUCGGUCGUCUCAAGGGCAAGGCUCGCAAGCUCGCGAAGGGUGGAAGGGCCUAG